AUGCAGUUCGUCUGUGUUAUGCUGCUGAAGCUUUCUUCCUGCCAGCCAGUUCCCUGCCUCCUCUGCCUGCUUUUGUUCUGGAUUUGCCCAUUUGACCUCUGUCCACUGCUGUAACUAGUAUUAAACAAGGGGGCGUGUUGGCCAGUUAAAAAAACAAAAGAGAGAGACUUCCGGAAAGGCAGCCCACAUGUACAGUCACUAAUGGAGAGCAGAUCUUUGGGACGGCGUCCAAGAUGACGGAUCAGAACGACGCCCCAGGUUUCUAGUUUUGAUUGCUCGCUGUUGGAAAGAAAAAGCUGUAGGUGCUUUGUAUGUGGUUUUCGUGAUGUAUCAUCAGCCUGUGCUGAAGAACAGGCGCACUCUCCUGGAAAGAGCAGAGAAAUUCAUCUCUGAUGUAUAUUUCACCGAUUGCAAUCUGAGAGGACGACUAUAUGGAGACUCUUGUGCACUGGAGUCCCUCUCCUCCUUUUUGUCUUCCAAACGGAUCACAUUCACAGAAGCUUCCAAACAGAACUUUGCACCUUAUGAACUGGGUGAUACCUUUGGACCGACGUGGUGGACAUGCUGGUUUAAAUUGACCCUGAAAAUCCCUGAGUCCUGGAGAGGGAAAGAGGUUCAUCUUCUGUGGGAUAGUGAUGGAGAAGCGAUGGUUUGGAGAAAUGAACAGCCAGUUCAGGGUCUGACUAAAGAAGGUGAAAAAACAAGUUACAUCCUAUCUGACUGUCUGAAAGAUGAGGAGCCACACAGUAUCACCCUUUAUGUGGAGAUGGCCUGUAAUGGAGUUUUUGGAGCUGGUCAAGGGUCCAUGAUUGCAGCCCCAGAUCCAAACAGGAAGUUUUCUGUGCAGAAGGCCGAACUGGUGGUAUUUAAUCGGGAUGUACAGGAGCUGCUGACUGAUUUUGAGAUGCUCAUUGACAUUGUGAAGGAACUUGGUGAGGGAGAACAACGAGGCUACCAGGCACUCUUCACUGUCAAUGAGAUGGUGAACCGCUGUGAUCCAUCUGAUCCCAGCUCCUUUUCCAAAGCACGCAGUCUGGCUCGCAACUUCUUCAACCAGCGGAACGGAGAAAGCCAGCACACUAUUCAUGCCAUGGGUCACUGUCACAUAGACUCAGCUUGGCUGUGGCCCUAUGAAGAGACCAUUCGCAAAUGUGGCCGAAGUUGGGUGACGGCGAUCCGUUUGAUGGAGAAGAACCCAGAGUUUGUUUUUACUUGCUCUCAGGCCCAGCAGUACCAGUGGGUAAAAAGCUGGUAUCCAGGACUCUUCUCCCAGAUUCAGCAUUACGUCAAGAAAGGGCAAUUCAUCCCAGUUGGAGGAGUUUGGGUAGAAAUGGAUGGUAACCUGCCCUCAGGCGAGUCCAUGGUUCGUCAGUUCCUGGAAGGUCAGCGCUUCUUUAACCAUGAGUUUGGGAUCCAUUGCAAGGAGUUUUGGCUACCAGAUACAUUUGGAUACACAGCCCAACUUCCUCAAAUAAUGCAGGGCUGUGGCAUUUCCAGUUUCCUGACGCAAAAGCUCAGCUGGAACCUGGUCAACACCUUUCCGCACAACACAUUUUUCUGGGAAGGUCUUGAUGGCUCCACAGUGUUAACAUACUUUCCACCUGGAGGUUCCUAUGCAAUGAAGUGCAAGGUUGAAGACCUGGUGAAAACUGUGAAAAAUAAUGAAGACAAAGGCAGAACCAAUCACAGUGCAGUGUUGUUUGGUUUUGGAGAUGGCGGCGGCGGACCCACACAGCUGAUGCUGGACAGACUGCGCCGGGUUCGUGACACAGAUGGACUUCCCAAGGUCCAUGUAUCCAGUCCUGAAAAGUUUUUCUCACAGCUUCGGGCUGACUCAGCUCUGCUUUGUACUUGGUCCGGAGAGCUCUUCCUGGAGCUGCACAAUGGCACCUACACCACACAGGCAAAGAUUAAACAGGGGAACCGUCAGUGUGAGGUGCUGCUUCAUGACGUUGAGAUAGCCAGCAGCUUGGCACUGUGUCGGGACAGAACUUUUCAGUAUCCUGUGGAAACAUUACAGAAGCUCUGGAGGCUUCUUCUUUUAAACCAAUUCCACGAUGUGAUUCCCGGCAGCUGCAUUGAGAUGGUUGUGGAGGAUGCACUUGGAUAUUAUGAAGAUAUCCAGAGAGAUGGUGCUACACUUCUGCGUGAUGCCUGCGGAGCCUUGGUGUCAAAGGGCAACUCUGCUGCUGUGUUCAACUCCCUGCCAUGGGAGCGCAAUGAAGUCAUCCAGAUUCACGAUGGUGCUGGUAAACCUGGUUUGGCUCUGGUGAGAGUUCCCAGUGUUGGUUUGUCUCCUGUCAAAGAUGUACAGCCUGUGACUCCAGUCUCUGUGACUGUGCAAUCUGACGGCACUGUCCUCAUGGAGAAUGGGAUUUUACAGACUGUCAUAAACAAAGACGGCACUUUGGCAUCGCUGUAUUUGAUCGAUGCAAACAGAGAAGCCAUCUCUGACAGCUGUCAGGGAAACCAGUUUACCAUGUUUGAUGAUGUCCCUCUGUACUGGGAUGCUUGGGAUGUAAUGGACUACCAUCUGCAGACAAGGAAACCAGUGGUGGAGGUGGUGCAGCCUGCUCAUGUGGUGUCCUCCGGUGGGCUCCGAGGCAUUGUCAGCUUCACCCUGAGGAUCAGUGGUAACAGCACAAUCACGCAGGAGAUUGUCAUGGACACCAUGUGUCCUUACAUCAGGUUCAGCACAAAGGUGGAGUGGGCGGAGUCUCACAAGUUCCUCAAGGUGGAAUUCCCCGUGCGAGUGCACAGCCCCAACGCCACAUAUGAGAUUCAGUUCGGCCAUCUACAAAGACCCACACACAGGAACACUUCAUGGGACUGGGCCAGAUUUGAGGUUUGGGGUCACAAAUGGGCCGAUUUGUCAGAGCACAACUUUGGAGUUGCGCUGCUGAAUGACUGCAAAUACGGCUAUUCAGUCUACAAGAACACAAUGACUCUGUCCCUACUGAGAGCAUCAAAGGCCCCAGAUGCCAAUGCUGAUAUGGGGACUCAUCAUUUCACCUAUGCAGUCAUGCCACAUUCAGGAUCCUUCCAAGAUGCUGCCGUCAUUCAGUGUGCAUACAAUCUCAACUUCCCUUUGAGGUCAAUCCAGUGCAAUCCCGACACCAUGUCCUGGAGUGCAUUUACCAUCAGCAGUGCAGCAGUCAUCCUUGAGACCAUUAAACAGGCCGAGGACAGGAAGGGGGCACUUAUAGUUCGGCUCUACGAGUCACAUGGCAGUAGCGUGAAUGCAACUCUCUGCACCACCCUUCCAGUCAGGGAAGCCUGGCACUGCGAUCUCUUGGAGAGACAUGACCCCACCCAGCCGGUUCGCAUUACGUCAGAAGGAAUCCCCCUGAAAUUCACUCCCUUCCAAAUUUUGUCACUUCUCCUCAUCUUGUGAUACAUAUAGCAUUUUACCAAAUGUCACGGUACGGUACUCAAUAAUUUUGGUCCUCAGGGUAGAAGAUAUUGUAGUUAAAUACUCAAAAAUACAAAACAAAAACAAAAUGUACCUGGUGCCGUUCUGACAGUUAAGAGAAAUGAAUGCAUAUGGUUGACAUCUUUUCAAAGACACCUAUUGUGAUUACUUUGCAUCAAAUCAAUAAACAGUCGUAGAACAUUUGCA